CAUGUGCUUUUCAUUAGUGUAAAAACUCGACGCGAUAUGUGUUUCAUUUUCAAUCCAACUUUUUGGCUAAUUGUGGUGCUCGCGGCGCUCUGCGUCCAUUUCUACAAGAUUUACACUCACGUGAAUUAUAUACCCGCCCCUCCAUAUUUGCCGCUACUAGGUCACUAUUUCGACUACGCUGAUGAAACAAAAAUACUGGAUAGAGUGAGUUCGCAUGUUUAUAAGUAUGGAGGCAUUAUUAGACAAACGGUGGGUCCGGUAAAACCGAGUUUGCAAACGGCGAAUAAAGAUUUCAUGCAAUUUCUUUCCCAGAACGGGAGAUAUACCAUUAAAGCUACGUUUUACCGUUUCCUCCACCCGUGGCUUGGCGAAGGAUUACUCACAAGCGAAGGCGAAAAAUGGAAAACAAGGAGAAGGGCUUUAACGCCUUGUUUCAUGCAGACGUCCGUACUCAAGUCAUUUCUAGACACGUUCGAAGAAAAAUCAGAUACUCUCGUGAAGAUUUUCGAAGCUCAUUUGAACGAGGAGAUCAGUUUGGUCCCGUUUGUGAAGCGUUUCACUUUAGACGUUAUUUGCGCAACUGCUAUGGGCGCAGAACAGAAUAUACAAGAAAAUGUGGACUCCAAAUAUCUGCAUAGUGUAGAAACGCUUUGUGAAAUUUACACUCUACGUAUGAGAAGCGUGUUCAAGAGGUUCGACUGGAUUUAUUACUUUACCGAAGAUCGUCGCAAGGAGGUAGAAGCGCUUACAAUUGUUAACGAUUUACUCAAUGAAAUAAUACAGAAGAAAACUGUAGUGAGGCAGAAAAAUGACGACAGUAACCGAAGAAUGGACAUGUUGCAUCUGUUGAUGAGAAUGAAAAUUGAUGGAAAGCCUUUAUCAUUUCAUGACAUGAGGGAAGAACUCAACACCUUCCUUUUUGCAGGUUUUGACACUACAGCCUCAGCAUUAUCUUUCGCCGUCUAUGAAAUUGCGGCAAAUCCUAAUGUACAGAAUAAAAUUUUCGAGGAACAGAAAAAAAUUUGGAAAGGGAAUAUGUGCAAUCCAGUUUUGACUUACGAGAGCAUAAACGAAAUGGUUUACUUAGACUUAGUUGUCAAAGAAGUACUACGGUUAUACCCUUCAGUGCCGUUUAUAGGAAAACGCUUCGUAAAGGAUAUUUAUUACGGUGACAUCCGACUGCCACGUAUGCUGAACUUCUCCGUCUUUAUUUAUGCUCUACAUAGACAUCCAGACUACUUCACCGAACCGGAGAAGUUUAUUCCGGAGAGGUUUGAAAAUAAAGAACUAACGGAUCCUCGCAUAUAUGCUCCUUUCGGGGUUAAACCCCGCUCGUGUAUAGGUCAGAGGUUUGCAAUUUUAGAACUUAAAAGUGUCCUAUCCAAACUAAUCCGGAACUUCGAAUUUGUAAAUGUCCCAGGUCACAAACUUGUCUUAACAAGCAGAUUAAACAUAAAGUCACAAACGGGAAUACAUGUAAUACUAAAAAGGAGAAAAAAGUAACAUUCUCUCUUCUGUUAUUGCAAUAAUGUUAUGUAAACAUCAGAAUCAAUUAAUAUACAUAAUAUAUAUGUUAUGGUUGUUAUCAUUUUGCCAAUAUCUUGAGUUGAAUAAAUUGAUUAUGGAA